AUGGCCAUCAUCUCGGUGUCUGCAACGCACAUUUCAACACUCAGCAGUCGUGUGAGGGACCAAUUCCUCACGUGCAUUAGUGAGACUGACGACCAACCCUGGAUGCUGACGUCUGUGUAUCUGGCGCUCGUGGAGCUGCUUCGCUACAUUUCCCAGGAGGCCGUCUUGUGUUGUGUCAGAUCGUCCGCGGCAACGGCAUCUGCUGUGGAGUAUGCCCACCGGCACAGGGCUAUACUCAACCACAUCGGCGAUUUGCUCCAUUUUCCUCUGAACGAAAAAAAUUUAAGAACCUUCAGUUCAGGCAGGUGGAACAUCACGGACACACUGACAGCUUACGAUGAGCUCACGCGAUGUACAAACGACAGCGAGUUGUCCGAUGCAUACCGGCAUACUCUGGCCACCUUGACUCACGUGCGUGCUACCCUGGACGACCUUCGUGCUGUGCUCGGUGCCCGCAACCUGGACAUGCUGAGCUAUCACACAAGAAGGAUCGUCUUCAGCUGUAUUGCCAUUGUGACUGUCAUCGGAACAGCAGGUACUGUUUGCAUCAGAGUCAAGAAAAUGGCGGACUGUGUUAUCAGGUAUGCCCAGACACUUGAGAAGCGGACUGAGGAGCUGGACGUCGAGAAAUCAAAAACGGAAAAACUGUUGUAUCAGAUGCUCCCACCGAUGAUCGCUGACCAGCUGACGGCCGGCAUGCACGUGAUGGCUGAGAGUUACGAGUCAGUCUCCAUCUACUUCUCGGACAUCGUCAGCUUUACCUCCAUAUCAGCCUCAAGUACACCUUUACAGGUUGUAGAACUCCUCAACAAUUUGUACUCCACCUUUGACUCCCGCAUCGAUACGUACGACGUGUACAAAGUGGAGACAAUUGGUGAUGCCUACAUGGUGGCCAGUGGCGUCCCUACUCGCAACGGAGAAAAACACGCGGACGAAAUUGCAACCAUGUCCAUCGACCUUUUGGCAGCGGUGAAGCAGGUGCAUUUGCCAGCCCACAUCGAAGAUCGUCAUCUGAAAAUACGCAUUGGCAUUCACUCAGGUAGUAUGUGUGUGGCGGGGGUAGUUGGACUCAAAAUGCCGCGCUAUUGUCUCUUCGGCGACACAGUCAACACAGCUUCGCGCAUGGAGUCCAACUCUGAACCCAUGAAGAUACAUAUAAGCAAGGCCACCAAGGGUUUACUGGACAAGACGCACAGAUACAUCAUCACGUCCAGAGGUGAAGUUAAUAUAAAGGGUAAAGGACUCAUGGAAACUUUCUGGCUAGAAGGACGUAAGGACAUGGGAGAAGCUAAUGACAGCAUGGUCUGCAUGUGGCGACCAAAAAAGCUCCGACAAGCGAGCACGCCUGAUACGAGCCAUGGCAGAAUCUCAGAAACUUCUAGCAAUUCACACGACACUAAAUUCAAUGAAGAAGUUGCAAUUCUGGAUCGAAUUCCGGAAGGCCCCAACAGCGACUGCUCACUCCAGGACAAAUCAGGAGGAGUCAAUAUGCUUUCUGAAGUAUAUUAUGCGAACAAAACUGUAAACGACUACAACAAAGUAGCUUAAACCACUUUAUGUGCAAAGUCGGCUCACUUCACCAGAAACUUGCGAUCAAAAUUCGCAAAGCAGGCGUAUUUUUGCAGCUAGACUGUUGGCCCUCGUUUUAAACAGACUUCAGAAAGAAAGCACUGUGCCACCCUUUCCAAAUGCUUUCAAUGCCUGGAUCACUAUGACAAAACGAACUUUGAGAUUCGUGCUCCCAGAUAUCCUUGGGUCUCCCAGAAAUUUUAUCCCGUGUAAUGAUUAAGGAGCAGCCCAAAUUCUCUGGAUGUUGUCUAUUUGGAGUUAUAAAAUAAGAAGCUUGCGAAAGAAAGGACCCUUCCAGAACAAACUCUCAGGCCAGACAGCUAAAAAUAGAUGUGAAGUAAUUCUGAUAUUCCAGAUAUUCGGCUCCAGCACGUCCAGCACCAGAAGACUCAUCAGCAUUCUGUUACCUUUGAUGUUUUCAGAAAAUUCAGCCCAACAAGAUCUUUAGCACUGUAGGGUAAACAGUUUGCAGCUUAGAAUGUUAUGGAAUGUGAACUGAUGCACAUGAACAUGCUGAUGUGCAAUUAUUUUGAGUUUUGCCCUGUUUGGAUGUAAAUGCAACGGAAAAGACAUGCACCUCAGACAUUAACACUGAUCCAAAAUCUUCAUAUAGAAGUACAGAUUCGUGUCAUCGUUUAAGGUUUAAUAAUUUCAACGAAGCAUAUGCCAUGGAGCAAUGAAAAGAAAUAUUACCAAGUUGGCUUAUUUCUAUGCAUGUUGCGUUAUUGUUAUUGUGUGGGGUUUUUUUUUCUUUGGGUGGAAUGCAUACACCAAGAGUAAAGAUGUCUAUGGGUGGCCACCCACUCCUUUUGUUCCCACUGUAAGCUAUUUUUUUAAAUCUGCUAUAGUCAUUACAAGGUUACGCUCCUCCACCCCUACCCACAUUCUACCGCCUCUAACCAUCAUCCAUCACCACUACAAAAAUUGUGUAUUGCAUCUCGUUUAAAUGGGAUCCCCAAAAUCUGCUGAGUAGUAUAGUUAAUUAAAAAAUUAAAUAGUUUAAAGAACGGAUAAGAUUUAAGAUUUUUCUGUAUGUUAUCACCUUGAAUCAUUAUGAGAAUCUCUGAAGCGUAAAGCCUAGUGUCCUUCAGGGUUAAGGGUCAACGGGAGGUAACGCUGAUCGUUUUAAUAAAACUGCUUUUAUCAGUAGUUCGACAGUGACUGCAACUUUUAUCCAUCCCAUCGGACGUAUAUUUUGACAAGAAAAUGGCUGGCAUAAAUUAAAGGAAAGGCAUUCAUUUGUGGUAGCCUUUCACGAAUUUAGGGGAUGGGACUAUGCAAAUUAGUGCUUUAACCCUAAAGCAAGUCUUGGUUAAACAGAUGGACCACUCUAACAAAUUUGUGUCCAAUGAAUGUUUCAUAAACUUACUCAGGUCUUAUAGUAAUUUUUUUUUUCAAAAUUGAAAAUUUCUGUUUUCUGCACUGGCUCCCCAUCCGUUCUCGCAUUCUGUGAAAACUGUAUGUGCUAUUUUUUAAUUUCUUUGUUGGCUCCUGGCCUAUUUUUUUGAGCUUUUCUUCCCCUACCUCCCGGCGCUCUUCGUUUGUCCGUCUCCUAUUACUGUCACCAGAACAACAUAUGGUCACAGAAUUUAAGUUACUGUGCUGCAAAACAAUGGAGCUCUCUCUCUCUUUCCAUAUCCACCACCUAUCUACAAUUAAUCCUUCAAAUCUGCACUGAAAAAACUACCUCUUCCUUGAGUAUUUGCAGAAAAAUCAGACCUUUACAGCAUUACUCCUAACACACUCCACACAAUACUAGUCCUUUUUUCACUCUCCACUUUUGAUACUUUUUCUACUUAACUUCCACUACAAAAUCAUGACCUUCGUCUUUUUUUAAUAUUCAAUGGCUCAAUCUGUGUGUUUAUAUGUUUGUCUUCUAUCUGUCGUCAGUGCUGUUGUUUAUUCUUCCGUCACACAUAUACUGUCCAUGUCUCAUUCCUGUUGUAAUCGCUAAUUAGAGCAUCCUCCGCAGGGUUGUGAAUAUGGGCUAUAUAAAUCUUCAUUUAUUAUUAUAUUUAAAAUAAAGAGCCACUGAACGAAUAUGAUUUCGAAAUUAUGAUUAAUAUUCGCCUCACACGAAGCUAUAAUAUAGACCAGCCGUUGGGCCGUCAUCUCUCAAUUUCAUCGUCUCUGGUAGGGUCGUUCGCAAUCUCUAAGAAUGUCAUGCCAACUAGAAUCGAAGAACACGAAUACACACACGAUGGCUGUACAAACUGGUCAUGUCAGUCAGGUGGUUCCCGGGUUCACAGGGGUGGUAAUCCGUGUGACGUCACGGGGCUCCAGCUGCUGAGCCAAAACACGUUCUCAGAGGCGAUUCUUCGUUAUCCAGUAGAGCUCCAACUCUUUCAGUCCAUACACUAUAUUACAAUUUCUAAACCAUUUCUUCAAUUCACACAUCUUUCUCUCUUACGUUUACAACUUCCAUCUUCUAAUACAAGUCCAGAAGUAAUACAUAAAAAGAUGUCAUAAUCAAUAAACAGCUCAGUACCAAACUGUAUCCAACCUCGAUCGACACUACCCUCAACUACACACAAAUCUCACUCGGGAAAUGCACAAUCGCAUGUCAGGGAAGUCUUCCUCUUUGUAUCUUUGUAAAUUUCCUUUUCUCUUUUCGUCCAAAACCUACUGGUGAACUCUGUUCACUACACACUUUCUGUCGCCUUUAACAACUUCCAACUGAUGUUCUAAUCCAUUCAACAUACAUUUGACAUACACUUUCAGUCCGUGAGCCACCAAAGGGUUAAACACUCC